AUGGUGUUUCGUGUUGAGGAGUCUGUUGCCGCUGUGGGUGCACCCACUCUUGGCACGCAGGCAGACCUGCUUGUCUGUCAGGCCGUAUUCGAGUCCAGCCGGUACCUCGUCUACACCUCUGAGUCGCUGCUGGUUGUACUAGUGGAGGCGCCUCCCGUCUCGACGCUUGACCAGAGCAAUCUCGCGCCCAGAUUCGAGCUGUGGCAGGUCUGGAACGCGCAGGACGCCAUUCUAUGCGUGCGCUUCAAUUCAAGCAAAAAAGCUGCGCGCGGCGCGCUGGCGCUGUGCAUCGAAGAGGGUCGUGGCGUGCUGCUAAUGCCCUCUAGCGCCACGUCAAGCAGGGCGGCUACGACGGCGGAGGCCUCCAAAGCCUCGACACUGGAUGACCGCUCAGGCUCAAGACUGGGCUCUGUAACGGCAGGUAGUGACCUGAUCCCGAGCACUGACUACGUAAAGGCUCAUCUGUAUCUUCACUUGCCCCGAUGGGCCGAAUCUGUACGCUGGAAGUGCGACGAUCGUCUUCUUAAUCACUUGGAGUGGGUGGAAAGUGGAGACGACCUCUUCCUACUUGGAGCUGGAGAAAAGCUCUCCAUUUGGAAGCUCGUAGACGACUCGGUGCAGGUUUAUUUGCAACGCACAGUUACGUUGUCAGGAGGCGGAGGACCUGGCAUGGACUCGCUGCUAGCGGUUGAACCGGUGUGUCACUUUGAUGUGGCGCCAGGAGGAAGCUUCGCUGCAACGGCAGGUAAACACGACAGGAUCGUGAAGGUGUGGGAUCUUGGAGAGCUGUCGCCGCACGAAGGCGCACCAAUGUCGAUGUUUCUUGCGCAUACUCGUGCUCUAGUUUCCAUGACAUGGUCGAAGGACGUGAACGUUUAUAACUCGCGAUCGACUGUCCCCACGACGGGUGCUUGUGAGAUGCUGUUCACUCUUGAUCGAGCAGGUGAUAUUUUUAUUUGGAGAAAAAAUGUCGCCCCACUACGCUCAUUUGUGUUGUGGAAGCAUUUUGCUGCUGUGGAUUUCUGCCUGUCGUCGAUUGACGAGAACGACGUAAGUAUUGAGAGCCGCAUCCAAAUAUUCGGCUUGGUGGAUCACUAUUGGGCUCGAGAAUUGUCAAAGACGGUGUCAUCGAUAAAGGAAGCAUUACUGAGUGAAAGCACCGUGAUGGACGCGCUAUGUCUAUUCCACUAUGGUUAUGGAUCAUUAAACGAAGCGCGUCGAAAUGAACUGGGUAGUCAGCGCAUGGAUAGUAUUACGCAAAUGAAUGCGAAGCUGCUAGGAGACCGAAGCGGUGCAAUGGCAGAUACCUCCGUGGGAGAAGCUUUAAUUCCUGGAAACGUAGCGCUCGAGAAAACUUUUGUGGUGAAUUUACUCUACGGUAUACUCGAUAAUGGCGACUUGUGCAUCUUCCGUGGAGAAGCAGCCCCCUUUACGGGUGCUUCUCCUAAAAUGUCUCUUCUCCUUAGUUAUGAUGGACUUCGUGAACAACUCGUUGGUGCACAUGUGUUCAGUGUCAGUUCGUCUGAUUACCAAGAUCAAGAAAGCGCCUCAGCUGGCUUCUUUGUGGAGGUAUUAUUCCAGCAGAAGGAAGGUGAGAGUUAUAUGAAAUGUGCAAGAUUGAAGCUCCGAGUCGACAGCAGUUCGGAUAGUACCCGUAGGGGCUCUGUCUCCUACUCAGUUCAGAGCUGUGAAGUCGGCGCUGCAUCUCGUAGCAUGAUGAGUGCCACGAAGGAAGGAGAUGUCCAAUCCGCAUCCCUUUCAGUUGCAAACAUGAAAUCAAGGUGUCUAUCAGACCCCCAAGCUAAUGAAGGCGAGCUGGCUGUGAAGAUUGCUACUACAAACAUGGGCGGGCGAUUGAAUAUCUUUCUAGCAAGCGGGUCGUUGCGCAGGCUUGAUGUUGCUUGUCACUCCAGAACCGACAACGCUGUUGGCCCUGUCACACACACAGCUUUGUUCGAAGAGCGAGGAGUGCUGUAUCUAUUUAUUGGAGGGAAGUUGCACGUUGCAAUGGUGAAUCCAGACACAGAAAUAAAGGUUAUCGAAAGUUCACCCUCGGACCAAUUGGGGUCACAAAAGAAGCACUCACUCUCAAUUGCGGGGCAUGGUGCACUGACACUCACAACGUGUUAUACGGAUGUAAGUAAUGAUUUCGAAGAGUUGGAUGAAUUGAUUUCUGUGGAAAUUCCCGAAUCUGUUAAGACUGAGUGGGCAAACAGCUUGUCAUUCUUCUCUUCUCCAACGACGAGCAACCCCACCAAGGAUUUUAGUAUGGCUAUUGGCGUUCAGAAAGGCGGAAGAAAGCUUACUGCUUGGGUUUUCUCGUUUGAGAUGACAGUAUCCGGGUCACUGGCGUCUUCUGUCAAGCUAUUCCGAAAAACGACAGUUGACUUACCUGGCACCAGAUUGCUGGGUGUUGCCAAUGUCCCAUUGCUGAAUUCGUUUGAAGUCACAUUUGCAAGCUUUGACGCGGACUCGCUGUUAACACUAUGGACAUUUGCAGACCUGGGUGAUUUACUUGAGGUAAAGUCUGCUCACAGAGUCGACGUUGGCGCAUUAAUGAGACUGGUCAACCAGGCACAAAGGUCUCACAUGGAGUUUCAUCCUACUGAAGAACAAGCCGUUUUCAAACAGUUUAGCUUCAGCUUGUGCGGACGGGUGGCUAUUUUAUUUGGAGGGGGUGACAGCGAAGCCGAUGACAAAAUUUGCUUUUUGCCUACCAUGGAGCGGACCUUGGAAGGAGUUAUUGAGGUUCCGCGUAAGCAAUUCGGUCAAGUGGUGUCUUUGGAGUGGACGCCGCCAGUAACGCCGGAGCGGAGCUGCGAGCUUCUGUUUCUAUCGACCACAACCAUCGGCAUGCUGAAGUUUGACUGCUCAGUGCCUUCAAACAAGUGGAGUAUUGCGUGGUCUUCCAGUCGCUUUAGUGUAAGACCUGAAAAGAUUUCGUCGCUCUCGAGUUAUCCGUACGGCCUACUCCAAAUCGGAUCCAGUUUGACUCAUCUCAACAUUCGCGAUAUCGACGGAGCUGGAUUUUUGUCACCGUUUCAACUGUCUUUUGCGUCUCCAGUGCAUCUUCGUGGACAGUUCCUCGGCUUCCAGCCAGCUUCGAAAGCAGUUCCUGCGUACCACCCCAUAACGCUGAUGUACUUGCUUGCACGUGGAUCGUUUGAGACACUUGAGAGAAUUCUUGAGCACGUGAAGGUGAAAAUUGUGGAGCAUGAAGAAACAUGCUACCUACGAAUGACAGACGACACCGUGCUGCGAACUCUUCCUUUGCUCUCGUUAUCAAAGCUGCUAGGAGACCCUACGUCUACUGAAAGCAAGUAUGACGAGCGAUCGGAUGUCUACCUGAGAGGAAAAAGCAGUAAGGGGAGUGGUGGUGCCGGUUAUGGUGCAGUCUCUUCAGCUCCAGCUAGAGCUAGUGACCUAUUUGCGAUGGAUUUUGGGGCAUCUCGUCGAUAUGGAGCUAGUGCAGGUGGCGCUGAUCGUGCGGACAUGCUGUUUGCUCCUCAAUCUACAAUUUCCGAUUCACCAUCUAGCCAAACAACCGCAACAUCGAAGUCGAAGAUGGAAACGGACGAAUUCCCGAAUUUUUUCAACAAGCACAAAGGUUCCUUGACGUUUAUGCCGCCUCGGGAAUCGGAGAUAUUCCUAGCGAUCGUCGCUGGCAUAAAGAAGACCUUAAGUUGGGAGCGUGACAGCAGUCGCCAGAAGGACGAGGCUGCUCUUCGUUUUCAUGCCUCUUUGUUGUGGCCAGUAGAUCCACCAGCUAGUGGUACAUCCAGUCAGUCUACUGCGACCGAGUCGGAUACUCCUGAUCAGCAAGUCUUCAAUGAAACAACUGCUCUGACGCCGAGCCUUCAAGCCGUGACCGGACUUUGCUCUGAACAAGUCGCUUGGGGAGCGCUUAGUGACUUCCAACCAGAAUUGCUUCAGGAAUGCUUUCCGACUGGAACAAUGAGCUGGAAAGAGAUGCGGCGUCUACGACUGCCUUUCUGGCUGAAAAGCUCUGCUAAGCUUGUUCAAUUUACAGAGAAGGUGGCGCAGGCUGAAUAUGCAGCGAACCGAGACCCCUUUGCGGUUGCUGUAUUCUAUGUGUUGUUGGGUAAAACCAGUCUGCUGGCGAGCCUGUUCAAGAUGGCAAAUGAGUCUCGGAUUUCUGAGCUUUUGAGGAACAACUUUUCAGACUUGCGCUGGAAAAAUGCUGCCAUUAAAAACGCCUAUGUGUUGAAGACUAAACAGCGCUAUGAGCUGUCAGCAGCGUUCUUUUUACUUGGCAGCAAAGUUACUGAAGCAGUCUCGGUGGCUGAGCAAGCGGACGAGACGCUUGUUCUGUCCUUUCUCAUUGCUCGAAUCUCGGAAAAAUGGGACCUCGGAGGCCAGGAUGACUCACUGAGAAGCUCUGGUGUGGCUGAUUUUUCGCAAGCUUCUUUUACGGGCCUGAGUACGAAUCUUCGUGGACUUGCUGAUCAAUUGGGAGCAAACUCGGGAACCACCGGCGGCGAAUCGUCCGAAGCAAAAAAUGUGUGUAUCGAUUUCCUCAACACCGCCGUCUGGGCAAAGGCUUCAAAGUGUGGAGAUGUUUACAUGUGCUUCCUAGUGAAGUAUUUCCUGGGCGAAACAAGAAGUGCCAUCGAUAUCUUGAUGACACCGCCGACUAUUGACAUGAAAAGUAUGUUUGGCGACAUGGAGAAUGCGACCGUCGAUCCAUCCAGUAUGUACUGGUCAGCAUUUGGGAAAAGUCUUCUUGGUGCGUGUGACCUACUGCGCUUUCUUCGGAAGACUAUUAUGCCGAUGAAGCUAGCACUGAAGGAGAAAAUUAUAAGGCUGAACACUUCAGCCGUACUUCGCAUGCAAGAUGCGGGUCUCGGAAUUCCAGCGCUGAUCCACCAGCGUGACGUCGCUUCAUUCGUGCAGGAGUUCCGUCGGGAACGCGCUACAAGCUUUGCUGUAACGGCAUUUUUAGCUUGUCGCCAGCGGAUCCUCAUGGCAGCAAUAGGAAAUCAAGUGGACUUCCUGUAUGCCACGUUCUUGAAGUCAAUGCGCGAAGCAAUGACUACUCCUGCCAGCUCAGCGUCCAGUCGGUUCGACCUCGAAGACCGACUGAACGAAGAGAUUCAAUGUAUUGUGUACCAUGGAGGCGAUUACGUUCUACCGGGUGUACCAGAAAGCAGCAAAGACAACAUGAAACACAGAGUCCGGACCGCUGUAGUGCAGUCGCUGGUUCACUCCGGUCGUCUUGCUGCAUUGGACUUUUUGGUCUCCGGUUGGAGCAAUUCUGAUGGUUCAUCGUCAAAAUUUGCAUUUACUAGUCCGCUGCCACAGUUUAUUGAAGUCAUCGUGGAGGGAGUCGCUACGGUAGCGUCGGGAGACCUCAUGUCUGCUGCCACAGACAGUUUACACACAAGGAAAGUGGAUCAAACGUGUUCAAACUUGUUGGCUAUGGCGACGCGCCUGCUGCUUUGGCUGCAGUACUUUUUUCUGAAACCAGCGAAGCAAAGAGCGACGUUACCAAACCGAGAAUUUGUACGAAUUGCAGUCGCUGCAGUCCACAGCGUCAUCUGCGUCUGCUGUCGUUAUCUGAAGAAUCCGUGCUGUUUGUACCGCGUGCUCGGUCUCAUCUUCCCGCAUAAGGACAUAUUGUCUUCCAACUCGGAGGAGGCACUGAAUGAUAUCGCCGGCGGUGAUUUAUGUGUGAUUUGUACUCCCCUUCGCCGUCCAACCAUAACGCCUAACACAGGUGCAUCAUCGCUCCAUCAAGACAUUCCAGUGCUGUACCAGGCAGUUUGUAUGCUCGAGUUGGAGCUGGAUGAGUUCACGGCAGCAGUGAAGACGAACAGGUUGCACCAUCCGAUGCCAUCACGCGAUUUUGAGACUUCUCUCUUCUCGUAUUGUUCGUACUGGGGCCUGGUGUUGGUGAUGGCAGCCGACGCCAUGCCAGCUCACCUCUCAAAAGUUGCGGGACAAGACGUUGCUUGUACCGUAGAGCUGUUUAAGGAACUAGUUGAGGCUUGGAGAAACUACAGCAACCGACUCGCUGAAUUCGCCUUGAAGCAUCUACUGUGCGACUUGGCUGGCUUCUUCUUCAGUCCGUUCUCGAUUUCACACGCUCCGUCAAGCCCCACUUUACCAACUUCACCUCGAGGGUUGCCUUCGCCUAGUCGCAGUGGUGCCGUUGGGAGCCCGCGCGCAUUCCUUGCGGAUGGUCCGGGAUCUCCCCCGUCACCACAGCGUUUGAACCGACGGCAGUUGCUGAAAUGUGAAUGCGAACGCUGUCCAUGGCUUCUGCUCGUGGAGCUUUUCGCGGACAAGAACGAGCUUUUGCUUCGUCUGAAUGCUCAACUGGAAUGCUGCAGUGAGAAAAUUGACGAGGAAGUUCGAUGGGGACGCCUGCCGGAGCCUGCUUCACGGAAAUCUGCCUUAACGCGCUCGCAGAAACUCCUUUUAUCGACUGUCGCUGAAAGUGCAACAACGUUUUCGCGUGCUGCUAACCUUGCCGACCAGCUUAAACGGCGAAUGGCAAUGCCCACGACAGCCUCUGUGCAUGUGCAGUGCGUGUAUCGCAGCGAGACGAACAUCAAAGCCAUGUGCUUUAACCGUGCCGCCGGUGAAGAUGCGGAAGUCAGCGUAUGCAGCAACAAAGGCAUUUUCAGGGCUAGCAGUAUGGACUACGCAGAUGGCAGUCGUUUUCAAUUCAAGGGCAUAUAUGCGUCGCCACAAACGGCGUUUUUCUCUGCUGACGCAUCUCUGUCGUCUCCGGUGAAGAGAAGACAAGCUUCAGAUGCGAUGCACAGCGGCAACUUUUCUCCGUCGAGCAAUCUGGCCACUCGUAGCGUUGCACCCCCAUCACCUCUACGAAAUCCAGCGCAUCUGCUAUCAUCCCCGUCGGAGCCGAAGACGGCGAGCUUCAAGCCCACCGCUGUGGCUUCUCAUCCAUUCUUGCCGCUCUUUGUGUCUGGAAACCACAAGGGACGAAUGCAUUUGUGGUCCUACGACCGUCUCAGUGCAAUUUGCGCAUUUCAAACCAAGGACAUCGUGACGCCGUAUCCAACAAGUCCGUCGAUGUUAUCUGGUUGGCGAAGUAUCAAGGCAAUAGAAUUUGACAAUCUCGGCCAGCAGCUUGGCGCUGUGGAUGCCAUGGGGCAUUUAUUCAUGUGGAAGUUCUCCGACUUGGAUCGAUCUCCUUAUUACCGCGAGAUAGUUUGUCAUGAUAAGGGUGCCAAGGGACUCGUCUUUCUCAACUCAAGCAGUACCCUCGCUACCGUGGGAACAUCAUCCGAGAAACGAAGUGUGUGCGUGUGGGAUACUCUCCUGCCGACUUCCAAAGCUCUCGUCGCGGCCCCAGCCUGCCACCCAGCAGGUGCCACCUCGGUUGCGUUUUCAUCGACCCACCAACUGCUCAUCACGGGAGGUGCUGGUGGCGCGUUGAGCAUUUUCGACAUGAGACAGCGUCGUGUUCUACAUACGAUCUCAAACGCCCAUGAGACUCCGAUUAAGACAGUCGCGCUGCACCCAAGCGGAGACUGUGUGCUAUCGGGGUCUGCCGGUGGUGACGUCAAGAUCUGGUCCCUACCGAUCUUCAGGGAGGUCGCUUUUCUAAGCAAGGUGCACGUCAAGCCUUCGUUCCUCGGUGAUGCCACGAACUUCCUCAGUGAUGCCGCAUCGAACGUGGCAAUCAACGUGACAAAUUCAUCGUGGGGAGUGACUGACGCUGUCGCCACGAAAGACGCAUUUUAUACGAGCGGCACGGAUGGGUCCAUCCAGCGUCUUAAAGUACCUUCGUUGGGCACUCGUCUCUAG